UGAGUACAGUACCGUAAUCUCACCUGCCGUGUACAUUCAUAAGUUUUACAUUUCUUUUGCGGUUUCAUGUUACGCGAUUACAUGCAUGAGUUCAUAACCUUACGAAAUUUCAUGAUAACGUUUUGUACCAGACGGUGAAUAAUUAAAGGCUUAAGGUGUAUCAAAAGAUCAUUUAAAAAUGAUUGAAAAAUUAUCAGAAACAAUUAAUUUUUCGAAAGAAGAAGAAAUUAUUUUAGAAUUAUGGCAGAAAUUGGAUGUAUUCCAAAAUAGUUUAAAAAUGUCAAAAGGUAAGCCGAAAUAUUCAUUUUAUGAUGGUCCACCUUUUGCAACUGGUUUACCUCAUUAUGGACAUAUACUUGCUGGAACAAUAAAGGAUAUUAUAACAAGGUAUGCUCAUCAAUGUGGACGUUACGUUGAAAGGAGAUUCGGAUGGGAUACACAUGGUUUACCCGUUGAAUUUGAAAUAGAUAAAGCAUUGAAUAUCAAAAGUCCAGAUGAUGUUGCUAAAAUUGGUAUUGAAAAUUAUAAUAAGGAAUGCAGAAAUAUUGUAAUGAGAUAUGCUACAGAAUGGGAGAAAAUAGUUGGUAGAAUUGGUAGAUGGAUAGAUUUUAAAAAUGAUUAUAAAACAUUGUAUCCAUGGUACAUGGAGUCUAUAUGGUGGGUUUUUAAGGAAUUGUACAACAAAGGAUUUGUUUACCAAGGUGUCAAAGUAAUGCCAUAUUCUACCGCAUGCAAUACACCUCUGUCGAACUUUGAAUCUGGACAAAAUUAUAAAGAUGUUGUAGAUCCAUCUGUAGUAGUUGCAUUUCCUUUAAUAGAUGAACCGGGUGUAUCUAUUCUAGCAUGGACAACUACUCCUUGGACUUUACCUAGUAAUCUGGCAUUGUGUUGUAAUCCUGCUUUUGAAUAUAUAGAAGUUAAGGAUAAUAAAUCUAAUAAUAUUUAUAUUUUAUUAGAAUCUUCUUUAAAUCUUAUUUAUAAAUCUAAAGAUCUUUAUACUGUAUGUGGGAAAAGAAAAGGAUCAGAUUUAAAAGGAAAACAAUAUCAACCACUUUUUCCAUACUUUGUUCGAUUACAAGAAAAAGGUGCUUUUGUAAUAUUAAAUGAUAAUUAUGUUACUUCAGAAAGUGGAACUGGAAUUGUACAUCAAUCACCUUAUUUUGGAGAAGACGAUUACAGAUGUUGUUUAAAUGCAGGCGUUAUAACGAAAGACCAAGAAAUUAUAUGUCCUAUUGAUAGUAACGGUUGCUUUACAGAUCCAGUUCAUGAUUUUAAAGGAAAAUAUGUAAAAGAUGCAGAUAAGGAUAUUAUAAAAUAUAUUCAAGCUAUUAACAGACUAGUUCAUAGUGUUCCAGUUAAACACAGUUAUCCAUAUUGUUGGCGAUCUGAUACACCAUUAAUUUAUAAAGCUGUUCCAUCAUGGUUUAUUAGGGUCGAAGCAAUAAAAGACAAAUUAUUAGUAGCCAAUGCUGAUACUCACUGGGUACCAGAUUAUGUCAAAGAUAAGAGAUUUGGAAAUUGGUUGCGAGAUGCUCGAGAUUGGGCAAUUAGUAGAAAUAGAUAUUGGGGUAAUCCUAUACCUUUAUGGAUUUCUGAAGACGGUCAAGAAGUUGUAUGUAUUGGAAGUAUUGAAGAAUUGGAGAAAUUAACUGGUACAAAAGUGUCUGAUAUUCAUAGAGAAAAUAUAGACAAUUUGACUAUUCCAUCUGUACGGCCAGGACAUCCACCAUUACGACGUGUACCAGAAGUAUUUGAUUGUUGGUUUGAAUCUGGUUCAAUGCCAUAUGCACAAAUGCAUUAUCCAUUUAAAGAUCCAAAGAACUUUGAAGAAAGUUUUCCUGCAGACUUCAUAGCGGAAGGCAUUGAUCAAACUCGAGGCUGGUUCUAUACCCUUCUUGUUAUAUCUACUGCACUUUUUGGUAUAGCACCAUUUAAAAAUCUUGUUGCCAGUGGUUUAAUUUUAGCAUCUGAUGGACAAAAGAUGUCUAAACGUAAGAAGAAUUAUCCUGAUCCCAUUGAAGUUGUUAACAAGUAUGGCGCAGAUGCUCUCAGAUUGUACUUAAUCAAUUCACCCGUUGUUAGAGCAGAAAAUUUAAGAUUCAAAGAAGAAGGUGUCAGAGAUAUAGUAAAAGAUGUGCUUCUUCCUUGGUAUAAUGCAUUUAGAUUUUUAAUGCAAAAUAUUGAAAGAUUUGAAAGAGAGGAAAAAACUAAAUUUGUGUAUAAGGAUAUAUCUAAUAGUUGUUCUAACAACAUAAUGGAUAAGUGGAUAAUAUCUUUCACGCAAACACUACUGAAAUUUCUUCAACAAGAAAUGCGAGCAUAUAGACUAUAUACUGUAGUUCCUCGUUUAAUUAAAUACAUAGAUAAUCUUACAAAUUGGUAUGUUAGAAUGAAUAGAAGGCGAAUAAAAGGUGAAAGUGGUACUAUUGAUUGUCAAAAUGCAUUAAAUACUUUAUAUUGUGUACUUUACACAAUGGUGAAAAUUAAUGCACCUUUCACUCCAUUUUUAACAGAGUUUAUGUUUCAACGUUUGUCAAAACUGCUUCCACCCGAUUCUAAUGCUAAUAUGGAUAGUGUUCAUUAUCAAAUGAUUCCUAAUCCUUAUAUUCAUUUAAUUGAUGAAAGUAUUGAAAAAUCAGUAUCCUAUAUGCAAACUAUUAUUGAGUUAGGCAGAAUUGUAAGAGAUAGAAAAACUAUUCCUGUUAAAUAUCCUUUACCAAAUAUUGUUGUUAUCCAUCAAGAUAGCAAUGUUUUGAAAGAUAUUGUUUCAUUAAGAUCAUAUAUACUUGAAGAAUUAAAUGUAAAAGAAUUAAUAAUCACAACAGAUAAAGAAAAAUAUGGAGUAACUUUACGUGCCGAACCUGAUCAUAAAGUAUUAGGUGCCCGUUUAAAAGGAGAGUUUAAAUCAAUUACACAAGCUAUUAAAGAAUUGUCAGAUGAACAGCUACAACAGUUUGUAGCUUCGAAGGAAAUUACAAUACAAGGUCAUAAGCUUGGCGAGGGUGAUUUACGCUUGAUGUUUAAUUUCACUGGUCCAAUGGCUGAAGAACUUUCUAAACAAUAUGAGGCCCACAGUGAAGGAAAUAUAUUAAUUCUUCUAGGAAUUACACCCGAUGAAAGUAUGCAAAAUGAAGGAGUAGCAAGAGAAAUAAUUAAUAGGGUACAGAAAUUAAGAAAGAAAGCUCAAUUGGUGCCAUCCGAUGAAGCCAUUGUUUAUUAUGAAAUUCCAGAUGUAAAUAGUAAUUUAGCUAAAGUUAUUCUCAGCCAUAAAGAGUUUAUUGAAAGUGCAACUAAAACUCCUCAAAAAUAUAUAUCUGAAUUUUCAAAUAAUAAUAAUAUUAUUCUGGAAGAAAUGCAAAACGUUAAAGGCGUAGAUAUGAAACUUAUACUUGUUAAGAGUAAAAUAGAAAGCACAUGUAAAAAUAAUACAACAGAUGUUGAACCAUUUUCAAAAUACGCUAAUGUCGAAUUAAUUAAUAUAAAACCAAGAUUUGGUGCUACCAAUUCUGCAGGUACAAUUUUGUUAGAAGUAGAAACAGUUGGAACUACAACUUUAAUUUCGUAUGAACAAUUAAAACAAAAUAUAGAUAUUAUAUUUGGAAUUUAUGGAGUAACUUAUGACCUAUACGUUGAUGGAAAGUUACUUACAAACAAUACAGAUAUUGCUUCAUUAAAUAAAAAAACUAUUCAAGUAGUUAAAAUUGGCUCUCCAGUAAAUCAUUCAAUAGUUGACUGUAAAGCUCCUAAAUGUCAUUUCCUUAAUGUAAUUAAUGAUACAAGAAAAGCUACUAUACUUUUAGAAAAUCCUCAGGGUAACUUUACAUUGAAUAUGGUUACAUUGAAACAAUAUAUACAAGCUUUAUUUAAAUCAAAUGAUAAUCUAUUUACACUUCCAAAUGUAUCGUCAAUAUUAGAGUUACAUACUAAAACAAUAAAUAUUAGUCAUCCUACUUAAAAAUAAUUUUACUUGAAAAGGUACAAAUGAUAUAAAUUAUUCAACUAUUUGAUUUAUUUAACAAAAAAUAUUGUUAUCAUUUAAAAAAUUAUAACCAAUUUAUUUAUAUUUAUAUAUAAUUAUCAUUUCGCAUCAUAUUUUUUCUAUUCUUUUCAAAUAAUUAAAAAAUGAUAAUUGCCUAUUUUAUUAUAUACCAUCUGUUGUCAUACAUUAUCAUGUAUUUAUUCUAUUCACAAAACUAUUUAUGUAAUACUUUGUAACACAUAGUAAGAUAAGAAAAAAAUAAUUUCUUUAUAAGGAAGAGCAUGAAUAAAUAAACAAGGCAUUAAUAAUAU